GAGCUCGCUGUUUGCGGCGUUUAAACGCCUUCAACUUGAUCUCGUCCAGUGCAGUCUCAAUAUAACUUGCGCGACAUUCUAACUUACUUUGAAGCGUUUAGCGAAGUAGCUCCAGAGAUCGGAAGAUCGCUGCACAUUCAAAGCAAAAGUAAUGGUCUUAUAGAGCGGGACAGAACUAUAAAGAUUACAAGUGCUUGGAGUCAUCAAACUGUGAUAUACUAUUGUGAAAAUUCUUGCUGAUUGAUGGGCGUAUAUUCUACAUAAGUAGUUCAUAUUAAUCGACAUAAAACACUUUGAAGACAAUGGCGUUAAUUAAUAAACGUCUGCUGCCCAUUAAGGCGCAUUUUUUCUUCUUUAUGGCGGCAAUGGGACCCAUACUGCCGCAACUUGCAGUGAUAGGCAAGCAGAUUGGUAUUCCACCAGACAUUAUGGGCUAUAUAACAGCUGUUUUACCUGUGAUGUAUGUGUUAGCCAAGCCACUUGUUGGCUUUCUGGCUGACUAUUUUAUGAACCUACGCAAGUUAAUUUUUAUGACAUUAAUUGUGAUUAUGACAUUGGCCUAUGGCGGCUUCUAUUUUCUGCCCAGUGCUCCGCAUGCCAUUGAACUGGGCGAUAGCAGCGAGACUUGGGAAAUUACAUUUUUAGAGGAGCCUAUACACUGUCCGCCGGAGCUGUAUGCAUCACCAGACUAUUGCCAGGCAACCCAUCAGGCCGAGUGCAAUCAGGAGAACUUUAUAUUCAAGACUUUAAUUCUGGCGCCGCAGAUGAUAGCUGAUCUGAACUUAAGCCCCAAUCUGCAGCGUGCCAAUGGCAGCUAUUAUAUAUGCCUCACCGAGCUGAGCUCGCCAAGUUAUUGGAGCAACGAUUCCGCCACGUGUCAGCUGCAACCGAUCGGUAGUUGUAUCUUUGGCAGUGCCAAAUUUUGGAUAUAUGUCAGCAUGCUUUUCAUUGGCACCAUUGGAUUUAAUGUGACCAAUUCCAUAUCGGAUGCCUGCUGCUUUGAUAUGCUCGGCGAGGCUGAGCAGAGCAAGUAUGGUGCUCAGCGUGUUUGGGGCACAAUUGGAUUUGGAGUGACAGCUUUGCUAGCUGGCAUUGUUGUCAAUCUCUGGACAACGGACACAGUUAAAAGUUUUACGCCUGCCUUGAUUAUAAUGGGUAUAUUCAGUGUGUUCGAUUUGUUCAGUGUGUCCAAGCUAAAGCUGCCCAAGCUGGGUGGCUCCGAGUCCAUUUGGACGGAUGUAUGGCAACUGGUGCGUCAGCCACCGAUUGUAUCAUUCCUUCUAUUUGCCACAAUGGCAGGCAUCUUUGAUUCCUUCAUCAUAUACUUUAUGUUCUGGCAUGUGGAGCAGGUCGCUGAGGAGACGGGCUAUAUGGAUCAGAUAAAGCUGAUCGAAGGACUCGUUGUGGCCGCCGAGUGUCUGGCUGGAGAAGUGCCCUUCUUCUUCUACAGUGGCAAGAUCAUUAAGAAGCUUGGCUAUGUCCAUUGCAUGACCAUGUGCUUCUUCUUUUAUGCUGUGCGCCUGUCACUCAUUUCAUGGAUCCCGAAUCCCUGGUAUCUGGUUGGCGUGGAGCUCUUCUUUCAGGGCAUCACAUAUGCCCUUUGCUACACCUGCAUUGUGGCGUACGCAUCGGCAGUUGCUCCACCCGGCACCUCUGCCACCGUUCAGGGACUCAUGGCUGGCAUGGAUGAUGGAUUGGGUUUCUCGAUUGGUUCAUUGAUUGGUGGCAUUAUGUUCAAGCGAUUGGGUGGUCGCGAGAGUUUCAAAUAUAUUGCCAUUGCAGCCAUGUGCACUUGUGUAGGCCACAUUGUGCUGCGUCCGUUGUCCAGGAAGCAACAGUAUUUGCCCAAGAGCGGCUAUCAGGCACCAAAAGAGCAGGCACACGAUGAGCUGAUGCCAGUGCAGGAGUUGCCAAAAGUAUAUUAGUUGUAAGUCACCAUUGCGAAAUGGAUUUCUUACUCCCUCAAUUUCAUAUAGUUCAUACACAUGUGUAUAUAUUCUUGAUCAGCAUUAAAUUAGCCAUACCUACAUAUAUGUAAAAAAUUAAAUAUUAUCAGUCUCACGAGAAAUUCGGGAUGAAAAAUGGGAGUAAAUAAUAAUUUACGACUGUUUACGGUAGUAAACAAUAUCUUAAUCUUUUGUAUUCUUUUACGUAUAUGUAUAUAUUUGCAUACAUAUUUGCAUUAAAUAAAAACUUGUUUCCAAGUUGAAUG